UUACUACUUUAAUUGCUAUUAUUAUCAUUAUUAAUAGAAUUAUUAUUAGAUCGUACCUUUACACCAUUAUUUAUUACGGUAUGCAUAAAAGAACGCUUUCUAACCUUAUAAGUAAGGAAAAAGCUUAUUGUAAAGCAACAGUUGCGAAGUUUCGCAAACUGAAUGAACCGACUUCUGGGUUAGAAAGCGAUGAUAUUCCGUCCACGAGUAGAGAAGCAUUUUUCCGCGGAAUAAAUAGUGAUCUAACGUCCAGCACUAUGGAAGUGUUUCCUGAAUUAGAUACCGAUGAAUAUAAUAGCGAUGAUGACAGGUUUUUGUUUGAAGAUGUCGAAAGUGAUGAUAGCACUGAAGAAUCUGCAAACAAAAACCUAAGCGAGGAAAUUUGUAGGGGGUUAAAAACGUGGGCAAUCAAAAAUAAUAUUUCGCAAAAUAGCCUAACGGACCUCCUACAAACCUUACAUAAUGCUGGACUUAACGGGUUACCUUUAACUGCAAGAACCAUUUUGGGUACAAGUAGAAAAAUAGUUCAAAUUCGACCUUUUCCUGAAGGUGAAUUUUUGUAUUUAGGAAUAUAAUAUAAUUUUAAUUUCAAAGAUUUUGAUUUUUUAGAAAAUACGGAAAGAAUUUCAAUAGAUGUCGGUAUAGAUGGUUUGAAAUUAUUUAAAAGCUCUAAUAGGGCAUUGUGGCCCAUUUUGGGGCAUGUAGAAGCGUUUCCUAAUUCGGUCACAUUUACUAUUGCCUGCUUCUCAGGAAUGAGUAAGCCAUCCCAUGUUAAUAAUUAUCUGCUGAGUUUUGCGAAGAGAUAAAAAUUCUAAGUCAGAAUGGUGUAAGGGUGGGAUCUAAGCAGGUUUUAAAAGAAUUUAGUGUAAGACUUUUUACAUGUGACACGCCAGCCCGCGCCUUUAUAACUGGCGUGAAGUCACACACUGGGAAAAACAGCUGCCCUAAAUGUCUUCAACAAGGACAGUAUUUACAAAGAAGGGUCUGUUUUUCUCAAAACGUAGGAGAAUUAAGAACAGAUAGUUCGUUUAAAAAUAGAGUAGAUAUAACCUAUCAUUUAGACGAAUUUAGACAGUGUGAAAUCUUGCUAGAAUCUGUAAAUAUUGGCAUGGUUUCUCAAUUUCCGUUAGAACCCAUGCAUUUAGUUGACUUAGGAGUAACUAAAAAACUACUCCAGUUGCUUAUUAAAAGAGGGAACGUAACAAAGAUGAAUGAAAAAAUAUUGUUUCUGAAUAAGUUCGUUCCCUCUGAAUUUUCCAGACUCAGUCGAGAUCUAAAUGAAAUAAGCAACUGGAAGUCGACAGAAUACCGGCAACUUUUAUUGUACUGGGGGUGUUUGUUUUGAAAGACUGCAUACCGAAUAACUUGUAUUACCAUUUUAUUUUGUUGCAUGUCGGUAUUCGCCUUCUCUCUUGUGAGAAGUCUUGCCAAGUAGAAUCUAAUGUCGCUAAUGAAAUGUUAAAAGAAUUUGUAAAGUUGUUUAGUAAUUUUUAUGGCGAACAUUUAAUCAGUUUCAAUGUCCAAGGUCUUUUGCAUUUAAGUGAUUGCGUUAAACAAUUUGGUCCUUUAGACAAUUUUUCUGCAUAUAAAUUUGAAAAUUAUAUGCAAUAUUUAAAAAAAAUUAUUAAUAAUCCAAAUAAAAUAUUGCAGCAACUAUUUCUAAGAAUAGAAGAACAAAGAGAUAUUACGGAUUCUAGCAAAAUUACACAAAUAGAUAAGUUUAUUAUAAAUUGUAAAAAAGAAAAAGAUAGUUUCUUCUUUAGUAAAAAAACGGGAUCCCUAAAAAUUGUCAACCAACAAACCCAAACAGACAGUUUUGGCGUUGUAGUUUUGACAAAGGUUGGGGACAUUUUUAGGGAGCCCGUGGUGUCCUCAUCUGAUUUAGGUAUUUUUGUAGCUCAAAUUAUAGAUGAAGACAUUCAAAUUAUUAAGAGAGAAGAUAUAGACCAUAAGUAUUUUGCUAUUCCAGUAGGGAAUAAAUUUAUUUUAAUUCCUAUGUUACAUAACUUAUUUUAUAAUUUUACUUAGGAAGAAAUGGAAUUUAGUUUUAUAAUUGAUGGAGAGGAGGAGCCGGAUAUCAGUCAGGCAAAUGCUAGAGUAUCGCGCCGUUUCGACGUGUCCCAGCCUUUCCUCGACCGUAUGGCCACCCAACCUGCCGUGGAUAAUGACUCAGCGCAACAACAAAUUUUGGCUGCCCUUGCAAGAAUGGAGACUCGGCAAGAAGAAAUAUUAAAAAGGCUUUCCGCCGUAGAAAACGCCCUUGCCGAGAAGGUGCUCUCUGCGAAAACCCACCGCAGUGUAAGCCGAAUCACCGGUGACUUGGUAAGUGAAGAGCAAACUUUACUGCAAAGUUUGCUACCAAUGUCAUCGGAGGGAACACUGCAUAAGGUGGAGGAGCACCUUCAAAACAAGGCACACGCUGACGCUAUGGUGGGCAUCAUCAUGCAGCUAAAAACAUCUAGGGGUACAGUGGAGAAAGUGCUGCAGUCGUUAUUCAGCGACGAGUUGGUGUGGCUGUACAACUUCGAUGGAAAGGCUGGGAAAAAGCCACUAAUUAAAUUAAAAACUGUGGAGCUAGUUCUCGAUAUCAGAAUCUAACUGGUUGCAUCCACAAUAAUAAUUUUACCAUUUUAUUUUAAUUUCAGAUUGCUGUGCAAAAGACGUGUUGAAGCAUCAGCAGCUACGUUUAUAAAAAAUAUAUAUUUUAAUAUAUAAAUUAUUUAUUUUUAGCUAUUUAAAUUUUUUUAAUUUUUCGUUUAGAUUGUAUAUAUCGGAGUCAUUGGAUAAUGAAGGUCUUCAACAUGUUGGAUGAAAGGGCAAGGGACAGUCUGACAAAGCAUCCUUAGAAA